UCAUCUUGAUGAUACUGAUCUCAAGCUAGGACAACAAUUCAAAACACGUUGGGCACAUCUCUAUCUUGAGCAAUUCAAGAGACGCAAAGAACAACAAAACGGAAAUGAUGAUAGACACAAGAAUGAUCCAAAAGUGUCUCUGUAUGAAACUAUAACAAGAAAGAUUCCAACAAUGAGGAAUCUGUUCAGUCAAGACGUGAUUAAAGAUUACAAUGACAGGAAACUGGCUGACAUGUUGUUUGUGGAUGGAUGUGCUUUGUUGUAUUUCAUGGACAAUGUUGAUGAACAACAUCCAGAAAAAUUGACCCUAAAGCUUGACCAAUUGAUGUAUAUAUGGAGAGAUAUUAUUUUGUUGGAAAACCAACUUCCAAUGGAGUUGCUAGAACUUCUGAGCGAUAAGCCUAUGAGUGAGUUGACCAAAUUAUUUUUCAAAUUUCUAUUCAUGUGCCUAACAAGAAGAAAUCAAGAAGAUUCAAAUGAACUCAAACCAGCUCAUCUUCUGGACUAUAUUCGCUUGUUUCAUACAUUUGGGUCAUCGCUUUCUCCUCAGGUAAAGCCUUCUCUACUUGAUCGCAGUAUUAGCUUCAUGUACGCUAUGAUUUCUAGAUUAUUCAAAAAAGAGGAAACUUUACCUCUUAGUUGGCAUAGAUAUAAGAACAUAAGGGAUCUUAGAAAUGUAGGAAUUCGGGUGGAAGCAAACAAAACUUCUGAAUGGAAAUGGAGUAACGUAUCUUUCACCUCCAAAUUGUUUAGCGGAAAAUUAAUGCUUCCAGGGAUCGUAGUUGAUGAUGUGGCUCCUUAUUUCUAUCACAAUAUGAUUGCAUACGAAAUGCUUCCGGAUUUCCCCAACAACUACGAGUUCUGUUCCUACUUCUCUCUGAUGGAUUCAUUCAUUGAUGAUGCCGAGGAUGUGAAGGAGCUAAGAGUAGCUGGUGUUCUCCAAAACAUGCUCGGAAGUGAUGAAGAAGUGGCGAAACUAUUCAAUGAAUUAAAGGGUGUGUUGCCCGCUAAAAUGUUCAAUUACAGCAGCAGUGUCGUGGGAUACAGCAAUAAAUAUAUUCAAAUCAAGGAACAAAUCGAUAAGCAUUACGGAAAUAAAUGGAAGACUUGUUGGUUGGCUCAAUUACGCAGCACUUACUUCAAUACCCCAUGGUCCUGCAUUGCCUUUCUUGCUGCUGUGUUAGCAUUGCUUCUCACUUCUAUCCAGACAUGGUAUACUGUGCAUCCUAAGCAAAAUUCUUAGCCUCAUUAAGUAUGUAAGCAAAGAAGUAAAUUGUUGUGAGGCAAGUAUGUUGUGAUGUAAUUCUUUCUUCUCUUUUCUUUUGCAUGGUGUGUACUCAUGGUUUUUUAAUUUAAAUAA